CAUGGACACACAAUUGAGAUACAUUGACACAAUUCAUAGGCUUAUGUUUCUUGUAGCUGGCAUCACAACGAUGGUGUGUGUUUCUCUAGCGACCUUGUACUAUCUCGUUAGCAAGAAGAAACGACAAGUCACCCUCAACCCAGACGUCAAGGUUCCACUUGAACUCAUCAAAAAAGAGGUGAUAAAUCAUGAUACCAGGAGAUUCAGAUUUGCCCUCCCAUCAGAAGAACAUAUUUUGGGUCUACCUAUUGGUAAUCAUUUGAGUCUUAUAGCCACUAUUAACGAGGAGUUAGUAGUCCGUUCUUAUACCCCUGUUUCAAGUGAUGACGAUAUUGGAUACAUGGACCUUGUCAUUAAGGUUUAUUUUAAAGACGUUCACCCCAAGUUCCCUGCCGGUGGUAAGCUGACCCAGUACCUGGAGAAUAUGAAGAUUGGGGACUGUAUAGACGUUCGGGGUCCUAAGGGAAAGAUCAACUAUCUUGGAAACGGUAAGUAUGAAGUGAAGAAGAAAGGAGCUGUGAACCGUGUGUUAGGAAGGAAGAUAGGAAUGAUAGCUGGCGGUUCAGGUAUUACGCCGAUGCUGCAGGUAGCAACUGAGAUUCUAAAGAACCCUGGUGACGAUUCAGAGAUCUUCCUCUUGUUUGCUAAUCAGACACCUGAGGAUAUUCUGUGUCAGGAUAUUAUUGAAAGUAUGCAGUCUGAUGAGAGGUUCAAUGUUUGGUACACAGUGGACAAAGCUCCGGCAACUGGUUGGAAGUAUGAUACGGGCUUUGUAACAGCUGACAUGAUAGCUAAUCACCUCCCUGCACCUGGCCCUGAAUCUGCUGUAAUGAUGUGUGGACCCCCUCCUAUGAUAAAGUUCGCUUGUCUUCCCAACCUUGAGAAGCUAGGGUACACUGAGAAUAAUUUGAUGGUGUUUUAGGGGAAACAGUAACCGUGGAAACACAUACCUGGUUACCAUGGAAACAGUUACAAUGGAAACAGUUACUAUGGAAACAGUUACCAUGGAAACAGUUACCAUGGAAACAGUUGCCAUGGAAACAGUUACCAUCUUACCAUGUAAACAGUUACCAUGGAAACAGAUUAAGUUUGUAUCUCAGUUUAUAAACAUUACUAAGUUUAUCGUGUGUUGGAAGGUUUAUAUUAUUAUAAACACAUUUAUAUCGUUUUAAGUGUGUGUUGUCACCAUUGAUAUAGAUUAUAUCGUUGAUUAGUAUACUUAAAGUAUUAGGUGACUGUAGUUUAAUUGCCAUAAUUGAUGUGUUUUUUGUUUGGCUGUGAUUUUUGUACAUCGAGCUACUUCUCGUUGCCGCUUACCUUUAUUUUAGGUUUAUUAAACUGUCAGAAUUAAUAUAUUUUUGUUUUCUAUCCUUUAACUCAAAUGUCAUAUUGUUGGUCGAUGGAAAUUUUUAAGAAAACGCUGCUAGAAAAAAAAAUAAGCAAAUUUGCAAAAUAUAUUCUUUUCAAUCACAGUUGAACACCAAUUCCUACAUCCCUGCAUUCUGCCGUAUAUUUUAUAGAUCAACAAUUUGGCAUACAUGGGAAGUUUAAUUUAUUUGUAUUCUCUUUGGGUCAUACGAUGCAACCCCUUCUUUCUAAUAGUACCAAAAAGAUCAACUUUAAAUAAGGAAGAAGCCAAUUAACUUCAUAUUCUUAAGAUGACCUUGCUUAAGGACGAUCUUAAUCUUUUGACAUAAAUCGAAGAACUUCAAUAAUAUCUCUAUGGCCUUAUGUAUGUGACCCGCAUAGCAGCCUGUAGCCCUAGAGCUCUAAAGCUGAUUGUAUCAUAUGGCCCUCGAUUGAAUAUUAGUGUAUAUUAAUCGCUCAUUUUGAGGACGUUUUCACAUCUUUAACAUAGCUUUAUGUGAUAAAUGAUGAGGCUGUAAUAUGUUAAUUGAUUAUCUAUUAGUUCAA